AGGGCCGGGACCCCUUCACGGUGUGUCCGCCUCCUUCACAGUGUCCCCCGGUGUCACGGUUUGUGCCUCCACAGCCCCGAGCGCGCCGCUCCCGAGCGGGCCCCGAGGAUCUACACCAGGACGGGGGACGCAGGAUUCUCCAGCACCUUCACCGGGGAGCGGCGGCCGAAGGGAGACCGGAUCUUCGAGGCCCUGGGAGCCACGGACGAGCUGAGCUCUGCUAUCGGGCUGGCUGGUGAGUUUAGCAGUGAAAAGGGCCACACGUUUGUUGAUCAGCUUCAUAAAGUCCAGUGCAUGCUGCAGGAUGUGGGCUCCAACAUCGCCACGCCGCUCUCCUCGGCCAGGGAGGCUCACCGGAAACGAACAUCGUUCAGCGAGAAGCCCGUCCUGGAGCUGGAGCAGUGGAUUGACAGUUACUCAGAGCAGCUCCCUCCCCUCAGAGCCUUCAUCCUGCCUUCUGGAGGCAGGAGUAGUGCUGCUCUCCACUUCUCCCGAGCCGUGUGCCGCAGAGCUGAGAGGUGUGUGGUCCCUUUAGUCCAAGCAGGGGAGGCAGAUCCAAACGUGGCCAAGUAUUUAAACAGGCUCAGUGAUUAUCUCUUUGUCCUGGCACGUUAUGCUGCAAUGAAGGAAGGGAAGGAAGAGAAAAUCUACAUAAAACCUGAGCCAUAGCUGGGAGCUGGAAUGUUUUUUCCUUGAUCCUGAAAAACUAAAUCCGAAAAUGCUUUUGUCCAUCAAGAAAGGGAGAGAGAACAAGCCUGGACUGGAAAUGGGAGCAGCCAAGGAUUUCCAUGUGAAAUAACCAGGACUUGUUGAUAAAUCCUGAGAGGAACAGAAUCACAGAAUAUCCUGAGUUGGAAGGGACCCAAACACACUUCUUCUGUGCCCUGGGCCUGGUCCACACAUCCCAUGUGAGGAUGGCUCUGGAGUCACUGCUUCUCCCAGCUGGGAGUUGAGGCAGGAGAAUUCCAGUAAUAUUUUGGAGAUGCCUUCAUUUUCCUGGGCAGCAGCAGGUGCUGUGGGAAGGCUCUGACAGGACUUUGAGAGAUGAUGAAGGGAAAACAAUCAGCUCCUCCUUUGAAGUCACAGUGUUCAAAUGGAGCAGCAGCUGGAGGUGUUUGGGAAUUGUGUCCACAGCUCUGAAAUAAUAAAUGUGAAUUUCCUUGUACCAAAGGGCCACAAACUGUCACAUUUUAA